AUGAAACAAAGAAGAAAUACCUUCCAGUUUCUAAAUAAACAAACAACUACAACAACAACAACAACAACAACUGAUGUAAUAGAGGAGAGGGAAGAAGAAGAUAACUACAAUCAUGAAAAUAAUAUUAUUCACAAACAACGAGACUUUAUCGUAGUUGAGGAUGAUGAGGACGAAGACGAUGAUGAUCAGUAUAUACCAAUCUCUACUACUAGUAUUACUACAGCUACUACUCAACCACCACAAAUCAAAUAUAACAGUAUGACCAACAACAAAAAGUCAGUGGGAUAUAGAGGAGUAUAUAGAGGAGUAUAUCAAGAAGAAUUUAAACCAACAAUAGAAUUUCAAUUGACAUUGAAUGUUGUAAAAGACUUGAAAAAGAUAUGUGAAGAGAUGUUUAUAUUUCGUUUAACCAAAAAAGAUGAAAUGGUUCAAGCUAUCAUCAAGAAACAAAAUAAUCUCAGAGCACUCAAACAACAGAUGUUUGUCAGCAAUCCAUUGGUCAAUUAUAGUAAAUAUACAUUUGACUAUACUCUACCGUGGUCGAUCAUUUGCAAGAUACUCGAUCAAGUAUGGUACGAUUCAUCAGUUUGUACUUGUUACUAUAGUGAUUACUUGCUUAAAAAGAGAAAGGAAAGUACUCUUUUGGGUCAUGUUAACGAAUGGGAAGUAGAACUAUUAAAUGUACACAAACAAGCUAGAUCACAGUGUCCAAUGCAUACCUUUCACUAUGCCAACAACAUAAUACCAUCCAUCGCCAUCGACAUCAACAACCCACCCAAGAGUAAUCAAAAUCUAUGGAGAUACCAACUACUCCUCGUAUCAAAGAGAAUCAAUCAAUUCAUUUCAUACAAUUAUUUUACAAAGUUGAAAUGCCCAUCCAAGGAAUUAGGUGAUUGGUGUAAUUAUAUGACAUGUGCCAAUUCGCAAACUGCCAAAAUCUGGCAACAUAUCAAAAACCCAUAUUGUCCAUUCAAGAAACCAAAGUCACUUACUCUUAGACACCCAUUCAGGCAUGUUUCCUAUUGUGCUGGUUUGGUCAGUCACUCGAUAUCGAUUCUAUUACGUACCGAAACUCCAAACUACUUUACAAGUGACUUUAAAAGUAUUAAAUCCCUCACGCUCGUUGCAUGCCACCGAUAUCAUUUUGAUCAUCUUGAAAAGACACUCAGGAAUUGUACAUCGCUCAAUAUGGUGUAUCACGAGGAUCUUUUCAUCGAACGUUUUGUACGGUGCCUACCUCGACAGGGUGUAUUCAAGCUUUUAGUUCCUCCAGCUAAAACUCUCAAUGACCGACUACUGCCAGAUAAUUUUAAUACAAGUACCAUGCAAAUCACCAAUAUAUAUGAUCGAUUGAAUGAAAUGACAAACUUGCAUACAUUCCAUUUGUCAAGCUGGCACAACUCAUUUUUUUUCAACCUACCACCAUCGGUCACUACGCUAGUCAUCUAUCCCGCCCUUCAUCCCCCUCUUACCAACAUAUUGAAUCAACAUUAUCAUCUACCAGCAAGUAUCACAACUCUAAAGAUAAGGUUAUACCAGUCAGUAAAGCUCAUAGAUUUUUUAAGUAGAGAAAGGAAAGAAUAUCACUUGGAUGGUCCUGAAUUGAUAGAGUAUACACGAUUUGGUAUCAACACGCUUCUCAUCACAUAUCAGAAUGAAAUCACAGAAAAUCAAAUCAACCAAUUUAAAAGAAAGGGAUAUGAAUAUCAUGGAUCAACAUUUAAACCAUCGGAUCCUCAUAAAAGACAAUUAAGAUUUAUUAAAUCAACAAACAUAACACCAGAGAUUGAAUAUUAUCAUCCAUCAACACACCAACAACCAAAUAAUCCAACACUUCCAUUUUAUAUUAUUGAAAAAAUAGUAAAAUACUCUUGGAAUAGUUAUUGGUGUAAUUGUCAAACAGAGGUAGAGACAAAGACAAAGAUAAUGUGUCCAGUACACUCUUGGCACAAAAAAGAAAAAGAUCUCCUUACAACUAUUAAUCGACUUCGAUUUGGGUUGACUUUGGUAUGCAAACAAUUAUUUGCACUCGUAUCACAAUGUCUAAUCACAAGAACUGGGUUUGUUGAUGGUGGACCAGCUCUCCAACUCAUUUACGACAACCAAUAUUGUGUCAUGGCCAAAUCAAUCCAAUCGCUUUUGGUUUCAACUGAAGACAUUUCAUUCUUGCAACAUGAAAUGUACUCACAAUUAAAGACCUUACAAGUGAUACAUAAUCCAGGACGCCAAGAAGAAGACGAAGAAACACUCCUUCCUAUUCCAGACAGUCGUUAUUUGUCUAGUCUCGGUGGUUCACUCAGAUCAUUAGAGGUAGAUUGGAUUUCACGUGACCUAAAUAAUGUAAUCCUAGACCUACCACUCAAGAAACUUUAUGCCAGAGGUAUCUACCUCUUUCCAUUGGAUGAAUGGACCAAAGAUAACAUAUUAUCACAAUCUUUAGAGGCAAUGUCAAUCAACCAUUUGGAUCAACUCUCGUGUUUGGGUAUAUUUCCAAAUCUAAGACACCUCAGAUUUGAUUUAAAUGAGCCAUUCGAGAUUGGCCUUGAUGAAGAACCAGUUACACUUCCAACUAGAAUCACCAAAAUAUCAUUUGAAGAUUCUGAACUUGGUGCUUAUGUUGUCAAAUACAACCCUCAAAUAACUCGACUUACCAUGUUACACCCUUAUGCAAAUAACGAUUACCAUCAUCUUUUGACGAUCCACAAAUCACCUCAACCUCUUCCCCAAACACUCAAAGAACAUAAUGUUAAUGCCCCACAAACAUUUCUACUCUCUAAACAAAUCAUUAGAUAUGCAUUCUUUGAUCAUCUAAAUCAAGAAGCUCCAAUUUUAUUUUUUAAAUGGAUUUAUUUACCAAAACAAAAAUAA